UUUUCUUACUGAAUCAAGAUAACUUAUCAAUUAUUUUAUUUACUGAGUAGUCUUCAUGAAAAAUAAAGCAUUUCGCAGAUCUUAAUAAAGGGACAAGAUAAAUAAGGUUCUUUUUAUAGACCAGUGCCCCUCUUACAUACAAAAAAAAAAAAAAGCAUUCACUACUCCAACACAACUUCGCCAAACACGGAGCCGUAGUCGUGCACUCUUCCAGGCAUCCCCAUCGACAUCCUGCUGACGCUGACCUUCGCCGUCAUCCCGCACUACUUCACCACCAAGAGGACCCUCGCCAACAGCCUCAUGACCACCGGCUCCUCCUUCAGCAUCAUGGUCAUGCCUGUGGUGGUCACCUUCCUGCUGGAUGAGUACGGCUUCAAGCAGGCCACGCUCAUCACCGCCGCCUUGUACUUCAACAGCUGCGUGGCUGCCAUGGUCUUCCACCCCGUUGAAUGGCACGCCAAGAGACCUCGUCCUUGUAGUCGAAGAAAGGUUGAGGUGAAGACUGAAAGUUCGACUCUGAAACGUGUUGCGGUUAACAUCAAAGGCAAUCUGAGGCUGCUGAGGUCAGGACGGGUGAUCAUCAUCGGCCUGGUGCUCGGGAUUAACGUCAUGGGGCUCUUCAACUUCUACUACCUCGUGCCCUUUGCGAUGAAGGCGGCGGGGCACACAGCGGACGAGGUGGGCAUGUGUCUCCUGGCGGCAGGCAUCACGGUGCUCGUCACAAGGUUCUGCCAGCCGCUCAUCGUGAUGUGGGCCAACCUCACCCACCAGACGGCGCUCAUGAUGGGCUCCACCAUCAUCGCCACCUCCACUGUCGUGUUCGCCUGGUCAGACACUCUAAUUCAGAAAAUGACCGCGUUGGGAACGUUCGGCAUAGGCCACGGGUUCUUCUUCACGUCGUACAACCUGGUGAUGGUGGAGGUGCUGGGCCUGCCGCUGCUGCAACCCAUGCUCAGUGUGACGGGCCUCUUCAAAAGCUCCUCCUUCCUCAUCUUCGGCCCGCUGAUCGGCCUGGUGCGGGACCUGAGCGGCAGCUUCCCCGUGUGCCUCACGCUGCUGGGCGUCAUCGACUUCUUCAGCAUCGCCCUGUGGAUCCUCAUUCCCUUCGCCCGGAGGUACGACCACCGCAGGGAGCAUCUGGACGAGUAACAUCCAGGCCACACAAAAGAGUCGCAUCCAAUUCAGCGAAAAUAAUCAUCAUUCAAGGAAGACGAAAAAGACAAGACUCAGUUACGUUGUUUGUUGCAGCGCGCGUACCGAGUGUCCACGCUGAGAAGUGCUCAGCUCCUUACGAACGGAGACUGAAGCGUUUAGAUGUAUAUUCCUUAGAAAAACGUUUGUUAAGAGGAGCUCUGAUAGAAGUGUUUGGUACAGUAUAGAGGAUAUAACAAGGCUGAUCCAAGCAAAAUCCUCAGGAUCAGUAAUCAGGAUAGGCCAAGAAAUAAUGGGUUCAAGCUUGAUAGAUUUAAGAAAGAGAUGCAAAGGAAUUCGAUUUCAAGUAGAGUAGUAGAUGAAUAGAACAGACUCAGUAAUCGGGUUAUUAGUGCCGAGUCAUUAGAGACCUUUAAAAGAAGACAACAAAUUAUAGGAUGAGGAAUAAUAAGUGAAAAUAGGCAAGUGUGUUUUAUGUAGAAACUGUUACGUUUACACCUGACGACUUAUUGUA